AUUGAAAUUGCAUCAGGCUCAAAAAUUUACUUUCCCAUUAGUGUUAAAAAACAAAUUGAAAAAACGAGCGAACAAGAAGAUGGCAGUUGUGACUGGGAAACUAUUGUCAAAUUAGCCUUGAAAGAAGUAUAUGACGAUAAUAUAUCGAAUUAUUCAGCUAAAGGAAAAGAUGCUAAUGGACGGCCACCAAUAAACAUUAAAUUAUACAAUGCAAUAUUUGAUUGGGUUAAGAAAAAAGUUGGUCCUAAUAAAAUAAUAACCAGUAAAAUGUUUAACGCUACUAUUAAUAAGUAUUCUGCUAAUAAAAGAGGGAAUGAAAAUCAAAAGCUUAAUUGUUCAAAACAUUCUAAAAAAAACUAA